AUGACUGACAUUUGCGCUGUGCUAGGAUCCGAUUCUUUACUUUAUAUUCUUCUGGAAUCUCCUCGGGAUCAUGCGAGAUCUUUGCUUCGAAUUAGCGAAAACCGGAAAUUAGACGGCCCUUCGAUUUUUGAAAAUGUUCAAGACGCCCAACAAAAUUUUUCUGAUAUACUUCAAGUUUUUCAAGCUGAAACCCUUAAAAUUCGAGAGCUCAAAAUGGUUUUCGAUGGGAAUCCUAAAGAUUUUUUCGAAUUUUUGGCCAACGAAAAUUCCAAGAUGCAAGUCACUGGAAAGCGGCUGAAAAUCAACGUGGAGAAGUUGAUUGUAACAUCUUCUGAAACUCCUGAAUCUCAUUUUCUAAAGUUUCUGAAACUUUUCAAGCCAGAAUCCAUGAAGAAACUAGAAAUCAACUUCCCAUCGAUUGACUCUGAACUGGUGGACAAAAUAUGCAAAUUGGAAUUUUUUGAAAAACUCAAAACUUUCGAACUGGGACCCAAAGUGGAGAAUUCAAAGAUUGAGAAAUUGUUGAGCGCUCGAAAAAUGAAAUGUCGAGUUGGAAGACUAACGGCAAAGGAUAUUGCAGUGGUUACAGAAGCUUACCUUACCAAGAACCUUGGCGCCUAUUUCAAAAUUUUUACGGAUCGCCCAAUUGAGCUGAAUGAACUUUUUCGAGUUAUUAACUUUAUGCCAUGGCCAAUGCCAAUCACUAUAACGUAA